CACAAUUUGGACACCCUGGUGUGGCUUGUGUGUCAUGGUGUAUAAGUGGACUUGAAACACACCUGUUGCUGCUUGCAAAUCAGUGCUUGUGUAACUUGCCGGAGCACCGCAGCGCAUCUUCAAGAGGCUGUCGCAACUAAGAUGGCCGCACAAAGAAACGGCAGCCUCACGCCGAGCCGGCUGACUUCCAUCAUGGUGACGGCAGCGCUGCUCUGCCCGGCCUUGAGCCUGGACAGCCUGCGGUGUUACUUCUGCCCCCUGCAGCCCAAGGAGCAGUCGUGCCCCAACGUCACCACCCACUGUACACCCGCCCAGCGCUGUACCACUUCCACGGCUUACUACGGCGCCUACCACGCGCUGUCCUCUCAGGGUUGCGUGGACGCCGAGCUGUGCGGCGCCCGUCAAACGGUGACCUACAAGGGAGUGGAGUUCCGAGUGAGACACCGUUGCUGCUGCAGGGACAAGUGCAACAUGGCGCCCGGGUCUAAGGCCAUCCUGAAGCUGCUUUUGGGGAUGACGGCAGAACAGGCCGAGUACUCCAACAUCACGCAUGCUCUCAGGGAACAGCUUUGGGGCUCGUGUUCAAACGACCCUAGCACUUCCACAUCAUCCCCCGCAUCAUAGGCGUGUUUCCUGCUGGCCGCAGUCACUCACCUGUGUCUCAUCACAUCGUUGUUAUGUGUUUGUUUGUUUUUUAGAGGGUGGGUUCGUCAGCCCUCCUGGAACCUUGCAAACAAAUUGAUAUGUAGAUAUCGCCAUCAGGUGUGUGAGUGUGAAGGCGUGGCCUACACAAGCCUUGCAGUCGACUGUGCAGUCACACCUGAUAAAGACAAGCUCUACAAAGCUUUGCUUUCUCAACUUAAAGGUCCCAUCUAAGACGAGGGCAUGUCGACCAUGACGCAGCUCCUGCAAGCCACAGUCUUCUUCCUCUACAUCAUGCCCCCUCUGCUUUGCGGCAACCUGCGCUGCUUUUUCACGCCCCUUCUGGAGAAAGAGCACAAAUACGAACCCGUUGCGACCGAGUGCCCCCCGGAUGAG